GUGCUGUACCAUGUCCAGGUAGGACACCGCCUGCGGAAAAAGCAUCCCAAAAAAACCGCUCCCAGGCCUUGAGCUCGGGUGGCUUCUCUGCUUCCUGGAGCAACCGGGCAAGGGAGAAGAGCAGGGAUAGCCGCCCGUAUCUAGCCACUGCCUACAGCACCCCUAGGAUGGAUUCCAAAGGCAACGUCCGAAGCGGAAACAAACCCGACGCCAAGGCCGCCAGCUCCGGGAAGCCGGAAAAACCCAACCCUGGGCCUGCCACCAAUGCAGACAAGAAGGAAGCCCCCAAAGAGCAGCCAGCUCCUGCCACGGCCACCAAGAAGGCAGGCGGUGACGCCGCCAUCGCCAACAACCACAGCAACCUGAAACCCAGCCCUGCCGCCACGGAGACGCAGGAGGCCAGUGGCCAGUCCCCUGACUCUGACCACAAGGGAAACAGCUCCGAGGAGUCAUCGGGCAGCUUCUUCGACAACAUGAAGCCCUUGAUCAUCGUCGGAGGAGUGGCGGUGGCUGCGCUGGCUGUGGUUCUGGGAGCGGCACUCCUAGCCCGAAAAAAAUGAAGACGGAGACGGGGUGGGGAUAAGAAACCCAGCCCAGCUGUACAGCUCCUUUUGAGACAAAUGCAUGCAGAGAAAUUCUAUACAUAGCUAUAUAUAUAGAGAGCGAGCUAGAUAGGUCAACAAGAAACACCAACUGCAACUCCAGGGUCUUGUUCAAGACAACUGUGCCAUUCUGACCCGCUGUGGGUAACUCCAUGCACUCAGUGUGUUCUUUCAUGUAAUAUAUCUUGGCUUAUACUGCUGUGUAUAGAUUACAGCUUCUCCUGAUUGGUGUAAAUGACGGUGUCCCCUCCCCUCCCCUGCUGUCCUCCCUGGGAGACACCCCCGCCCCGCUCUUGCAGUCCCGUUUUCAAGUCCAAAGUGUUCUACGUCCCAUUCGGAGUCCCAAUUUGUGUUUUUGGUUUCUGUUUGGUUCUGUUUUAACUUGGGCUGUGGUAAAGAAGAUGGAAGGGGAGUGCUAAGGGCCGGCUCGCCUGUUGCACUGGGGCUGGGGGUGUUUUUCCAGCCUCCCCCUGGGAAAAGGGAAGUACAGGGGCAGCAGCAGGGAAGAGGCAGCUCCCUGACCCGACAGCCACGGGCGAUCCCUAAUCGGUGUUUGUGUAUCCGCCGCGCAUCAUCCCACCUUGGAACACCCGCCUGGGAAGUGCUCCGGAGGAACCAGGGUGGCUCCAGGGAACCAGGUGGAGACUGCAUCAUGGCAGAGCCAAGUGUGAGCCUGGCAUGUCACAUCAGGUCACUCUUCUGGCUGAGCUGCCUGCGGGACAGUGACCAGAGGGGCUGUGCUGUGGCCCGGAGAAGUCCCAUUGCAGCCUUCAGGAACCCAGGGCUCGCCAGGGUCACGUGGGCAGUGUUUGGGAUAGAGAGACUUUGUUUUGGAUCUAGUAUUUCCUAAAGUUAUGCUGGGCUUGGCAGGGUGCUGUGGCCUCAGUCCAAGCUCCCUUGAGGUUGGCUGGACUAUUUGUGUUCAUUUUUUUGGGCUUUGGAUAAGGCCUUUCACUGGAUUUUUGCCCCCACUGAAGGCUGUGGUCUCUCAGCACAUGGGAAGACAGGAAAAGGGGGAGACAUGAGCUGGUGUUAGGGGCAGAGAGGACCUGGGACCCCAUGAGAGUAACACUGACCUACCUGCUUAAUACCAGGGAAACCCCUUUCAAGAGCACUGGAGUCUGUCCUGGGUGGAUUUCUUAACCUCCCUCUUGUGACAGUAGUAGCAGGGAUUUGUAAUUCGUGCACACUUUGGAAAUGGAAACAAAUUCCCAGCCCUCAGGAGCAGCCUGAUUUCAUGGGUGAGUACACUGGCUCUAAAGCCAGACCUUUUGAGGGGGAGGAGAUAAGAGUGUUUAGUGCUUUGGCUGAUGCUCAGCACUAAACAGCAGGAGGUGAGGAGAUCUACCUCUGAAAGCUUCCAUUAGGCUUCUCCUGGCUGCUGCAAAACAGGGUGUUAUAAAAACCUCUCACAUUUUGGGUGUAAGUUGGAUCAGAGAUUAAAUGAGGUCCAAUGGGAGCUUGGCAGUGGCCACAGUCCAUGGGCAGGGGCAGGAGUGAUGGUUAGAAAGAGGCUGUGACACAGUGGGGUGAGCUGUGUUACAGAGCCCGUCGUGCACCUUUAACUGAGAUGGAUGGAUGGAUGGAUGGAUGGAUGGAUGGAUGGAUGGAUGGAUGGAUGAAUUCAGGGGCUGCAGGGGUAGAGGGAGGUGUGCAUUCCUCAGGUGCUGCCUAUGCAGUGUCUGCCUCUGGCACAGUCCCUGCAGUUCUUCUCUUGGCUGAUGUCUGGCUUAUUUACCUCCAAAUCUGACCUGCUGAAUGCACAUGGUCUUGGAAUGCAUGGCUACUCCUAUGGUGAGCUCAGAAGAUGUUCCCAAAGGUGCAUGGCCUCUGGGAAUACCAGACACGGUGUCCUGGUGCGGCUGGAGGUUGAUGCCUUCACCUUUGCCAGCACAGAGACAGGAGCAGGUGUGUUGGGCUCACAGGAGUUGUGGGAAGCAGGGCUACAGCUCCAGGUGAGAUCCUGAUAGCCUAAAGCACUUUUGGGAUGAGCUGUGGAUGUGUCUCCCAGCAGCAGUGUGUCACAGCCUGGGGAAGGGUUAGAAGCAGAAGGGUUCUCCUCUCCCCUCAGAUUUCUGCAGCACAAAUUUGCAGGGCAAUUUUCACAGGGAGUUUUGCUUAUGUUGUUCAGAAGGAAGGGAAAUGACCCCCUCCUGCUCUGGUUCAUGUGUUGCCAAGUAGGGUAGUGAUUUUCAUACAGUGACUUCUGUUUUCAAUAGAUAUUUCUACCUUUCCUGUCCCCUCCCUCCCUGUCAGCUCUGGCCCAGGAUUGUUUUUAGCAGUGUGUGACAUUAGGCACAGCAUCUAUCUAUUCUGCCAGCAUAGAUAGAUCGGGGGGAGGAAGGUGAAGCACCUGCUUCACUUCAGUCUCCAGUUUCAUUUUCUAAAAUGUUUUUAUUUCCUUGUCUUCACCUUUGGCAACAGAAGAGGGGGGAAAACAGUUCUCAGCCAAUGGCCUUAACCUUUUUUCCAUCUCCCAACCCUGCCUGCCCUUAGAGCACUCAGAUUCAAGGCCACCAAUUUCAUCCAGAAACACCACAGAGGUGGUGAUGGGGCUGCAGCUCCUCAUUGGGGCACAUCACUCAUUUGAGCCCUCCCUGCACAGCAAACCUGAUAUGUCCUGCUCAUAAGGGAUUUUUGAGCGUGGUCUGUCCUGUUCCCAAGGGAUUUUCCACUUCCUGUGAUCACUUAACAUUCUGCUGUCCAGGUUCUGCACCUGGAACCCACCUCUUUGGCAGUUUGGUUUGAAAACAUCUGUCUGUGCCUGUGUGUGUGCGCCUUGAAGCACACCCUGCGUGUACAAACCUUUGUGUUGUAUUGCUGCAGUCUGGGGAAGGGAGAGACUCCAAGCUGGAGAUGCCCCUUCCUUCGCUCCCUGCAUUCACUCCAAGUGUCCGUGAUGUCUUUCCUGUGCCAUUCCCACCACGCCAUGCAGCUCCUGAAUUCCUUUCCAGUCCUGGUUUCUCCUCAGCGCAAGGAAUGUCUGGCUGGUGAAGCGCUGAGUGUGUGGUGUGCUCGGAGCCCCAAGCCUCUGCUCCUGCCUGGGUAGUCGUGUGGGCUCUUUGCUUUAAAAUGAGGCACUUUUAGACUAUCUUGGGCUGUGCUGUAGAGCUUUUCCAAGCGUGGGUCUAGUGCUGAGCCGGGCAGAUCCAGCCUAGAUGGCACAGCACGCCGCAGCCCUGACUUGCAAACGCCUCCUGUCCUGCCUUACUGUGCCAGGCUGUGCAGUGCUUUUGUUCUGAGCCAAAAAUGUCCAGCGAGCACCGGGCUGAGGGAGCAAAUCCCUCUCUCUCAGCCCCAAAUCUGUCUUAGCAGAAGGCUUAAAUGACUGAGCUCGCUGUGCUAAAUAAAUAGUUGUCUUUUCUCGUACUGAGCACACGCCGAUUUUUGCUUGAUGUCCUUCUUUGUGUGGUUUUUGUGGUAUGAAGUCCUUCCAGUGACAUCUCCGUGGGGAGAGUGAAUUAACACUUAAAACUAAUCAGAGUCUGUGCUUGGGGUUUGAAGAGAUCUAGAUUGCUAGUUUACUCUUUUGAUCAAGUCGAUAAAUUAAAUAUUGGCAAAACUGGUUUCAGACCUUUCAGCUUAUCACCAAAACUCUCGAUUGAAUCACUGCACUCGAUCUCAAUCUCUUUUUAGGGAAUCAUAAAUUUUAGUUGAAUAUAAAGAUGUCAUUUUACUGUCUUGGACAAGUCAGUAGAAGGUUUUUGCUGCUUCUAUUUUAAGAGAGAUGAAAUGGAUUAUGCUUCUGCUUCCUCUUCCUACUGAUUUAAUACCCUGUAGAUAAGUCCUGUUAUUCCUAACAGUGCUGCAGCAGGAUGAAAACAAAUCUGGCAGCCAGGGGAUAAUGCAGCAGCAUUUUUGGGAGGGUAAGAACGAAUUCUUGCAAGUGCUGUUUGCCUGAGGCUCACUUAAAGCACUUGCCUUGAAGCAUUUCUUAGUUCCCUCGGGCUGGGUGAUAAAUUAAACAUCCAUUUGUCUCUGAUGGACUAAAGUUUGAAGGUUGAUCCAUAGAAUACUGAAAACAAGGGGGAUUUUCCCAUUGGCUUCACCAUGCUCUGGCCUUUGAGGUCUUGUUGGCACCAGGGAUAUGAUCACAGGUCAUCAUAAAAUCAUCUCAAUUACACAUUUAUUUUAAAAUUGACACGUUUCUUAGGCUGAGCAUAAGGGAAGUGUCUUCUCUUAGGCAGCCCUGCUUAUUCUGGCAUCAGGAUUUGUGUAUGAACAACAGCAGUGCAAACAAAAACCCCUGGAGCUGGUGAGAGAUGAUUUAUGCCUUAAAAUAUUCCCUACUUUUCCUGGAAAUGCUAGUGGGGUUUAGAAUUCAGCAGCCUUCUAACUAUUCUUAGAAUUGCUUGAAAAUAACAGUGCUGAAGAUUGGAGAGGACAAUGAUUCUUCGAGAAAUAAACCAAAAAAAGGAAGGCAAUGAAAAAAUACGUUUGAAAGGUGAAAUUCUUGGAAUUUCAAUCAGCUCCAUGGAAAGCUUCAAGUCAGUGAAGAUUCUGAGAGGGUGCAAAGAACAGAGCAGAGAAAUGGGGAGAAAAAGCACUAUUUAAUUAUCUUAAUAGCUUUGGUAAGGACGUGCUGACUUUUAUAUCCUCUUCCCCCCCUUUUUUUUUCCUCAGAAAAAGGCAAAAAUUAUGAGCUCUGGUGCCACGCAAAUUAACCUCUGCUAAUUGCCUUUUCCAGAUGAAUUCCUGCUGGCUCUGUGCAAGGUUAAAAGGUUAGAAAAAUACCUGAAGUUUCCUACAACCAACUUUGCAUUAUUAAGGGGAAUUUCCAGGACAUUAGGAAGGGCUGUGUUCUCUUUUCACGUGCUUUGCUAUGCCAAGGACUGCAAAUGCAGCCUGCUCAGACUUCCAUUCUCCUGGUCCAUCCUUUAUGCUGGAGCAGGAAUGCUGAUUCCCUUCCCAGGCCUUGCUGUGGUGUCAUUCCCUUCACCACAAAGCUAGGAGAGGUCUGUAGGGGCAAGAAGCAGCAUCACAUCACAUUCAUGAGCUGGGUGCAAUUCUGCUGCACAGGUUGGGCACUUCCAGCCACAAAGAGGAAUUGGCUUUGAUCCAGAGCAUAACUAUUCUGUAUUCCAGUAAAUUCUCACUCUGGGACAUUGGAACUGGGAAUAUUUCCUGCUAUUUACACUGGAGGUAUUUGGUUCUUUACUCUUUUGGGGAGAAAUCUGUUGAUGCUGAGGAUCUGUUGGCACAUUUUGGAUCUUAGGAGUGACACUCGACUGACAGCCUCAAAAAGCCUUGGAGCCUGUGCCCCCAUCCAGCAACCCCUGGAGGGUUUAAUCCACUGGAUAAAGUGGGCUUAUGAUGACUUUUCCCUCUUCUUUCUGAGACCAUCAGUCCAGCCUUGUAACCUGCUUUCCUUUUAAAUUCCCUGAUUCCUGGAAUAUCUGUUCACACCAGAUCUUCAGCUGCUACAAACUACAGGGUUCCUUUGGUUUCUGAUCUGAUUCAUUGCUUGUUCUUGCCUCCUUCUUUGGCCACUGCUCUGUAUUCUUCCCUUUCCUUUCCCUACUUUAUUCCCAGGCAGCUCUGCAGAUGUGGCCUCUCCAAAGCCCAAGGCUGGGGAAGAUUUUGGGUUGGCUAAUGCAGGUUUUGAGUGGUCCCCCAAAAAUACAGGCAGUGCUGGGCCCCCAGACUGUGUGUCACAGCAGAGAAUGUGUGAAGCUUUGGUCUGCUCUCACCUUUGAGGAUCUAAGUCUGCCAGAGGCUGAGUGCUCGUCUGCCACAGGAUUUGUAAUGGAUGACAAAUCCCCAGGAAGGUCCUGUUCUUGUCCUUCCCUGUCAGUCAGGUGUGAGUUGUUCUGGCUGCCUCAGAGGGCCUGAGAUGGUGUGAGCACACACACCGCGCUUGGCUGCAGCCAGAGCUCCCUCAGCCCUCUGGAGCACCAAAAACAGAGGGAAAAGAGAAGUUUUGAAGUUGAGGAUAUGUACUUCUGCUGGCCUGGAAGGAUCAGCUAUUGUGCCAGGGAUGAGGGUGCAGGAAGUGCAGUCUCAUCUGAAUGAGCUGAUCAGGUGUCACUGGGUGACAGAGAACUGUGGGACUUCCAGGCCUCUAAAAUUCACUUUUCAUUCAAUUUGCUAUAGUAGGCCUCAAAAUCCUGUGAGAGAUCAGAGCCUUUGGCUUCCCAAAUUCAUGAGUCUGGAUCUACCUUGUGCUGUAGUUCUGCUCCCUCCUCUGGACAGUGUGUGCUCGGAUAUGCAGUACUCUGGGACUCAUGCCCUCUGCUCUUUGAUGCUCUUCAAAUUAAAUAGACUUUUUCUGCUGAAAAGCAUAACUUGGGUUAAAUAGGCUUUGGACUGGCUGUUCCUGUUUCUCUGCUGGUUGUUCUCAAACAGUUCCAUGAGUUUCCCAUUUCUCAGCCCCAGUGCAGCAUCCCAAGCAUGAAAGUACAGGUUCUUUCUGUCUGUAUGAUGAUGCUGCAGCACCAAAGCUCCCACCAGGACAAGAGGAAUCUUUAAUCACCUUUCCAACAGACAAGUCCUGCACCGUAUCCCUGGUUUUGCCACAGCCACUUCAAGCAGCCAAACUUCUGGGGCAAGCUGAUGAGAACAAGGGUGCCACACAAUUUUGUUUGGUUAAAAACCAACCAACCAGGGAAUAAUUUGGCUUUACUGAGUUUUGAGCAGCCCUUCAUAAGCCUGGUGCCUUUUCCCAGGACUAUUUCAACUGAAGCCUUUUAAAAGUUGCAGUUCCACCUCCCCUGGAAAGCAACUCUUUUCCAGUGGUAGGUGCUAAAAGGUUGUGGAGGAACUAAAAUUACAGGAAGGGAACUCGAAGGUCAUAUUACAGGGAAUUUUUAUUUUGGUUUUGGUUUGUUUGGAUUCUGUUACUUCUCCAGGGACUGAUCCAAAGCCCUUGGAAGUCAGACUGAAAUGCCUGCUGUUCCUUUGGAAGCCUCAGGCACCUUUCCAAUGAUGUCGGUGGGUUUUGAGUCAGCUCCUGAGUGUGUUUUCCAAAUGAUAGGAAUUUUCCAAGUGACACCUUGAUUUCUUCCCUGUACAACCAGACCUGCUUGUCACUUACACAUCUUUACCUGUGUUCAACAUACAGGUUUGGGGUUUUUUCUUUUGCUCUCAGAAACAAUAUGCUGCUAGACACAUUUCCUGGAGGGAAAUGGACACCUACCUACACACAAAGCUAUCCAGCUAAUUUAUACCUUGUUGAAUUUAUAAUCUUGUCUAUGCUUCUAUGGACACUUUGUAUGGGCUGCAGCUCAAAUCCUAAAAUAGUCAAGAAUUUUUUCCUUUCCCAUAUAGUAUUCUAUUUACUUUGACUUUGAAAACAAAAAAAGCGUAUAAAUGCAAUAAUGCAGGUAGACUAGAAAUACUAGAUUGAAAAUUUAAAGUAGUUUAGCUUGUCCCAUUGUGACUGACAGUGUUGUAUGACACCCAACGCUGUACCCUGACAUUUUCCAGGCUUUCUCCGUAGCUGAAUCUAGUAUUAGCUUUGGAAACCCAUUGUGUGAGUGGUGGGUGGAUGGGUCGGAAUCGUGUGCUCUCUACACACUGUAUGUUACUCACAUCACAAGCUGUAUGGCCACUCCAUAUGCUGUGAAACUGUAAAUGAUUCCCAAAUACACCUGUAACUCUUACCAGGAUUGUGAGAAAUAAACUAUAUAUAGAGAUAUAUACACACA